AUGUGCGACUACACCCAAGUCCAAUACAAAUGCAACCAUGUACGAUACGUGGUUCGAGCCUGGUGUACAAAAUACCAAGAGACGCACAAGAGAUGCCCUGCAAAUGUCAUUGCAAUAGAAUACCGACUGGACGAAGAUUGCGGUUUGUUCACAAGAUACCCUGAUGGCAUAAUAUCAAUCUAA